CAGCAGCAGCAGCAAACCUCACUGGACGUCCACAGCCUCGGUCUGGGAUUUCUACAUGUAAAUCAGCAGAGACGCUCGAGACGUGCGUCUACCUGCUCACACUGAACCUUUGGAUAUUACUGCCAUCCGCACACUUCAGUCUCGUGGUAUUUCUUUCUUUUGAAGUGAGCUGCGGUGUGUUAAAACAGCACACCCGAGGCAUCACAAAACUUUAAAGAAGACUUUGCAACUUUGGAGUUACAUGUAGUAGUUUACAUCGCAUGUGGUUUUAUCCUCUGACCAGAAGCGGACUAUUUCUCUGGGAAACUUAACAGUCUUUUUAUUUUUUAUUUUUUUUUAUAAACAUGUUCAGCAAGUGCUCUGUUGUGUUAUUGAAUGUCCUUUUUCUGGUGCGGGCGCUCUCGGCUCUUGAGUGCACGCCGUGUAAUCUCCGGACAUGCCCGGUCAAAGCCCCGCACGGCUGCGACGGUGGCCGGACCUUGGCCAGGGAUCCGUGCGGAUGCUGUGACCGGUGUACCCGGCUGGAGUGGGAGCCCUGCGGCGGACAGGACUGGGCGCACGGUUACUGCGCCUUGGGACUAACCUGCGCCUCCGUUAACGAAACAAGUGCAGCCACAAUCCCUGAAACUGGAGUAUGUAAAGUGCUCCCUGAGCAUCCAGAGGCAGGCCUGGAAGAUGAGCGCUGUCCCCUGAUGACGGGCUGCGACAGAGCUGGAGGUCAGUGUGUGUGCGAUGCCCGCCACUCCUGCUUGGGCUCUUUCACUUACCCAGACCAAGAAACCUGCAUGAAGGCCAGCAAGUCAGAGGGUCGAAGGCACGAGCACCGGGAAAGACACAGAGAGAAGUAUGUGGGACCAUCCAACCCGGCCUGCAUGUUCUCUGGGUGUAACCUGACCGCGGAGGGCUGUGUGUGCGAGUCUCAGAGCUGCCACCACCACUUCGCCUACAUCAACCGCAGCCAGUGCCAGGAAGCCGCAGAGGAGCUGAGGUGUGCCGGGGUGAUGUGUCCCGCUCUGCAGGUGCCCUCCUGCCCCAAGGGUUCAGUCCUGACCAAGAGUCACACGGCCCCUGCUGGAUGCUGCCCCUCCGUACCGCCCCAGUGCACCUGCGACCUCCGUGCCUGCCACAAACCCCAUUGUCCGAGCGGACAGCGUGCCGUGCCACUCAGCGAGGCCAGCGGUCAGCCGGGAGACUGCUGUGAUGUCUUUGAGUGCCAGAAAGUCUCUCCCAAGUGUGUCCACAAUGGGAAGGAGUUUUCUGAAGGAGAGGUGUAUCGCAUGGACCCCUGCUGGCUGUGUCAGUGCCGGGGAGGAAUCUCCUUCUGCUCCAAGGCAGAGUGCGCUGAGCUGGACUGUGAAAACUUCUACAUUCCUGAGGGCGAGUGUUGCCCUGUAUGCAUAGAUGUAGAGUUACUCUCGAUGGACAGCACUAAGGCCAGUUGCUGGGUGAAUAAUAAGCUGCGGGCCCAUGAGGAACAGUGGAAAGAAGACGACUGCACGUUCUGCCAGUGUGUGGAUGGAGAACCGCACUGCACGGCCAUGGCCUGCAAACAGAGUUGCCAGUACCCUGUCAAGAUCCCUGGAGAGUGCUGUCCCUUCUGUGAAGAGCCUUCUUAUGAAACGGUUAGCCCCAUGCUAUGCCCUCCCCUGGAAAACUGCUCCCUGUCAGGGAACAACUGCCCCUACGGCUUCCAACAAGACAAUAACGGAUGUCUGCUCUGCCAGUGUCUCAACAAUGACUCCUGCCCUGACUUAGGAAAAUACUGUUCCCUGCACUGCCCAAUGGGGUACAAGAGGGAUGACUUUGGCUGUGAUGUGUGUGAGUGCAGCAUCCCCGUGCCCAAGUGCCGACCUUUGACCUGCACUAAGACCUGCCCCUAUGGAUAUGUGAGGAACAAGCAUGGCUGUGAGAUGUGUCGCUGCGUCAAGUGUCCUCCCUUCACCUGUGACAAGCACUGCAGCGAUGGCUAUCGACAGAACAGGAAGGGCUGCUCCAUCUGCAUGUGUAAAGAAAGUGGCCACGUCCCUAGCACCACUGCCCCGGCCCCGAUGCCCACCUACUGCCUCACGUCGAAUGGCCACCGAUACGAGGAAGGUGACGGCUGGCACGACGGUUGUCGUGACUGCUACUGCCACUCCGGACGGGAGAUGUGUGUGCUUAUAUCCUGCCCCGUGCCCAUCUGUUCUCAUCCAGUGGUGAGGCCUGACCAGUGUUGUCCUACAUGUGAAGAUGAGUCAGGCAGCGGUCAGCCUGAGGGGAUGGACAUGGUGGUGUGCAGAGCACCUGGAGGGGAAUUUUACGUGGAGGGGGAGACCUGGAACCUGGACGAGUGCACGCGGUGCACCUGCAGGAAGGGACGUGUCCUGUGCGACACUGAAGUGUGUCCCCCGGCUCUCUGCCAGACACCAAUCAGGAACAAGGACACCUGUUGCCACGUAUGCGCAGAGGAGCUGAGCCCAUUGCUGCCGGUGAACAACAGCCAGCAGGAGUACUGCAUCACCAGUGAUGGAGACGUGCUGCUGGCUGGGGACUCCUGGAAGGCCAACGCCUGCACCAGCUGCACCUGCAACAACGGCACCAUUCAGUGUUUCUCUCAGCACUGUCCAGCUGCCAACUGCAGGGUGCCCGUCUUACGUAAGGGCCAGUGCUGCCCACACUGUCUCGAAAUUACGACUUCAGUGCCGGUGAUGGUGUCCACCAACGCUCCCAAGACAACGGCCCCCAUUACAGUGGAGAGUGCAGUGUGGAUCACCACUGUCACUGUACCGCCCAUCAUUGCUGAGACAGAUGAGCCAGUUUUGGGUGAGAAUUACCCCAGCCAAACAGAGAUGGCUGUCAUCUACCAAUCAGCAGCCUGGAUUCUGGCAGGUCUCCUCCUCGCCAUCAUCAUCUUUAUCGUCGUGGCGUUACUCAUCAACAAGAAAAAGAAGUGGGUGCAGAUGUCCUGCUACAGUGCACCAAAGAAGACGGUGAUCCUAAAGAAGCACGUGAACAAGAACUCAGUGGUCUACAUGGAGCCCUCCAGAGAGAACAAAUUUCAGAAUGUGAAGAACGACUGCGGCAUUAUCCAUUUCUCUCCAGAAAUGAGCUCCACCUGUGUGGACAAGAUGAUCAUCCCCAGGGCCAAGCUGAGCAACGACUGGACGCAGCGCUAAAAAAAAAAACCCCACUCAAACUCUGCAGAUCAGAGCUGUCCUGCACCUCCCACUCUCUCUUACUGCUGUAUCCAUGGUGACUAGUGCAGCAGUGCACAAACCCACCUUGGGCGCCGCCGCCUUGUUCCCGCCCUUCUGUCUGUGUGAAACUGAGGUUGCUCUACAAGAGACAAAGCAAGUGACCUAGGUUUCUUUUAAUAUGUGUCCAUAUUCUUCUGUGUUUGGAUCUUUGUGGUGGAGUGAGACGCUGGGAGGUGGAUGGACGGGUGGACAUAUAAAGGACACAGCCACUCCGGGCUCUGCUUUAAAACAGAGAGGGAGGAAGCCAGAGAGGCUCCUCUGUCAGAAACUUUGACUGUGAACAUUGUAAUAUUAUUGCUUAUUGUUGCCUCCUUCGAAACUGGAACUUUAAGGCAAUAAGAGGAGCAUAAAAAAGCUUUAGGACGGGGGCUUGGGUUGUAGUUAAAAAAGAAGGUUUCGAGGAUGCUGCCCCCUCCCCUGAGUUCAGCAGUGCUUCGUGGAUGUAAUCUUUUUCAUCAGCAGGGAGGCCAAAGGAACUGAUAGUCCAGUUGGAUCAAAUUGGGUUCAGUAGCCAAAUCAUAAAAAGUCAACAGGCUUUAGAUAGACCCCCAGAUCCAAACCCCCUGCUUUAGAAUGUGUGGUUUCCAUCUAAGUUUUUGUAUAUUUUUACAGUAUUUGUACUAGUUUUAGUGUUGUUCUUGGCCACCUCUCGUUUUUAUUAUGGGUGUCUCGGCAAGGCCAGAUUGAAACAUUUUGAAAAUGCCAGUCUAAACAUUCCCAAGAUCAAGUUCAGGAAGGACACACUUCCCAAAUAAUAGCCUUUGUUUCUACCUUCAAAUGACCCGAGUCAUUCCAUUCACAAAACCGCAAUUCAACUAAAUGGAAUAUGUGAACUUCUUUCUCAAACUCGUCCGCAAUACAGUAGCCAGAGGUCUUCAUCUUUCCCCUCAGCAUCAUCCAGAAGGACUCAGUCGUACUUCAUCAUUUUAAAAUUUGCAAAGUGUAGUGAAGUUCAUCUAGGAAAAAAGUCAUUUUAUUGACCUAUGAGGAAUGUCUUUGAUACCAUGCCUCACUUCAUAACUUAAUCCUUGUGUGUGUGUGUGUGUGUGUGUGUGUGUGUGGAGCUACUGUUCACACUGAAUGUUUGUUAGUCAUGACUCAUUUUAAAGCCUUAAUUCUAUAGCCUUAAUGCAUAUCUUGUUUUCAUUAAUAGCUCGUAUCAAGGGAUCUAAAAAACGGUAAUAUAUUCACCCAAUAUUAAGAUGAACGGAUUCUGUUGUACAGCGUCACUGAUGGUUCUCCUCACAUCCAAGUGAAUUAUGUGAUGUGGAAGAGUGUAAGGGGAGCUCGCUAGUAACUGUACAUAAUGGUACACAUUACGGAGCAUUUUAAGAGACAUAGCACUUUUCUUUGGAGCCAGUUUUUUUUUCUUUUUCCUGCAGGAUUCUUGUAGGGAUAAAGUCCCUAAUCAGGGAUUUGAUAGGCAUAUUAAGCCCACAGAGAUGUUAAACCACUCAAGUGAACACGCUGUUGCAGCUAGAGGCUCCGUACCAAUCUGAUCAGUACGGGGGAAGGAUAGAAUCUGAGAAGCAUUACGAAAACAAACCUGGGUUUCAUAGGGGAAGGUUUUGGAUCAGUGUUCUCAAUCCAUUGCCAAUGUCUCAAUACAAAGACCUUUCUGAUGCCAAAAUUGGUUGGAGACCAAUUUAUAUUGAAGUGUUUUAGUUACUCAGUAGAUUUGUGUCUGUUUGAAUCAUGACCAUGUGCUUUAAAAUGAAGAGGCGACUGUAAAAGCUUACGCAAUUCUUUGUUCUUCUAUGUGUAAAAAGAAAAAAGAAAAAAAAAAGUAGUUUAAAUUAGUAGGACAGAAGAGUACCUUAUUUAUUUUUUCACAUAGCUUUAUUUAUUAAUACUAAACUAUAGUUUGAGAUUUUUUUCUUUUGAAAAAUGAACUUUUGGUAGCCAAAGCUGCUGUACAUUGUAGACUAUUUACUAUUUCUAUCUGCUAUAUUCUAUACCUUAUUUAUUUCACUGUUGCAAAACCUGUAAAUAUGUGUCCUAGAUGAUGAACUGUAACAUUUACACUUAUUUUGAAAAAUAAAUGUGUGAACCAAA